AUACACACACGACCCGUCUUCCGAGCCAUGAGGUGUAAAAGGUUGAUCACCAUGCGGUUCGCUUGGACACAUAUAUUUUUUGCGCUACUGAGCAUUGCAUCGAGCCUGGCCUCCAAAUCGAACCAUAGGCUCCAAAGUGAAAGGAAAGCAGAAGAGGUCGAAGACAGCUCCAAUCAAGAUGCACUAAUUGAACUUGACGAUGAACUCAAGGACCUUGAGUAUAGACUCAAAGAUGAACUGAGCAAUGGUGACUUACCCAUUUUACCCCCGUUAAUUCUCUUAGACUUUACGAACGGCACAAACUCAACUGAUGAUAAAUUCAAACGGACGAUAAAUGGAAACUUGGGCUAUGGUUUUCAAGGAAACAAUCUCUUAGCAGGGAAAUAUAAUUACUAUUUUCCAGCUGGGAAAUCCGGAACUACAGUUAGCAUUGAAGAGUCCAUCAGUCCCUUUUUGCCAAAGACUAUUAUCGAAAGAGUUAAGCCAAUAACGGAAGAACCGGAGAAUUCAAAUAAUUCUGAUGGUGACAAAGGAGAAAAUAAAUACUUUACCAAAAAUGCUGUUACUUCUAGCACUGUUCAGAAUCAUCGAGUACCAUUCAGUGAUCAUCAAUAUGAGCACACACGUGCCAUAUUUGGUCAGAGAACGAAACUGCAGAAAACUACAUCUGACUUUGGAUCUUUUUCUGGAUUUUCAACAACUCCAAAGACGCACCUAAGUUUUCAUACAACUGAAAGCCCGGAUUUGAAAUUGAGCACGGCUUUCGGCUCCUAUAACUCUUUUUCUUCUACUCCCAGACCUACUUAUCAACCUGUUUAUGAGUCUACUAAUAAGCCAAAUGCUUAUUCUUCUGGAGUGAGUUAUCCAAGUUCUACAACAGAAAGUCCACUUAAUGAUGAGUACUCUACUUCCGCACCAUCUGAUCAUCAACAAAUUACUCCAGCUGCUUAUCAUGCGAACUAUAAUUUUGAUCCCUAUAGUUCUCAAAGGACAAUUUUAGAGCCUGCAUCAAAACUUAAACAGACCGAAUCAACUGCUGAUUACUAUUCUGCUUCCAUGGAAGCUUUGAGUAAUUAUCCAAGAUAUACAGUAGAAAAUGGUGUUAGGUACGAACAUAAGAUUGUUUGGAAGUACCCCGAUGGUAGAGUUUCAGACACUCCGCCUUCUCCUCCUCCUUCUCCAACCUCAUACAUAAAUUCUUAUUCGGAAUAUCUGUCUCAGAAGCCAGCACCUGCCGUUAACUACGAAAAUAUCAGAUAUAACAGCAGACCAAACUAUCAACAACAACAUCAAAAACAGCAACAGCAGAAGUACAAUCUUAAAUCUCAGUCAAUUUACUCACAGAAACCAGCUCAGUUUCCAAAACAGGAAUCUGAAGAUCAAAACGCUAAUCAGUUUGUUUCUUCGGCCUCGUAUUCACAACAAUCUACAAACUAUGGUCCUGGGUCUUCAGAAGCUUCCCUUCCGUACGAGGUCGUAUAUCAAAAUCCAUACAGCACGAAACAGAAUCCAAGAAAUGGAGUUCAUGGUUUUUCACCAGCUCGAUAUCAUUUUGGUCAACAAAGUGGUCAGAGAAACCCUUACCAUUUUCAAGAAUCUCGUAGACCUGUUCCAAAAUAUGCAGUGAAUAGUCCAAAUCCAGAUUACGUUGCUACUACUGAAAAUACAGCAAAAUCUGAUUCAACAGAAUCAUCAAAAUUAUUCACUUCUAGUGGUCACCUCUCGUCAAGUGUUCUUUCAAAAUAUACUCCAGAUGCUCAACGUUACUUAAGUAAGGUUUUCGCGCCAGGCAAAAAUCCUAUUACAAAUAGUUAUGGAGAGAAUGUCGAUCCUCAAUAUGCUGAUUUGCUGAAGUACAACCCUUCGAUUUCACAGUAUAUCAAAAAUCCUUCAUCGAUUUUGAAUGCUCAACCAACUUUUGUUCAAGCUGGAAACUCGUUGAUACCAGUUAUCAUUCUUCGAGUUGACGGUGCACCACCGGUUCAAUCAAAAGCUACGCCGAAUAUUAAUCUAAAGGCUCUUCUGCAGCAGUAUCUGACUCAGUAUGCACAGAGUCUCAGUGAGAUGACACAGGAUUCAAGUCAUGAUUUAGGAAAGGAUUAUUAUGCAAAAUCUCAAGCUUCUAGAGGGAGCAAUCCCAUUUCGGAAUUGACACAACUAACUAAGAGUCUAAGCCAAUUUUCUCAAAAUCCAACUAUUGCUACUGAGUAUCAGACAAGGUUUUCACAAAAUGGUGAAUAUGAUAGAAGACAAUAUGAACCGAGUGGAUAUGUACCAAUUUUAAAACAAGGACGAAGACAGCAGCAAAAUGAAGAAGAUAGAAUUAUUGAAACUGUUAAUAGAUAUACGAUGCAGGGUAAGCAGCCACAAAAAGUUAAGAGUGUUGAGAUCAUCGACGAUCCUAGGUACACUUCUUAUAAGAGUAGUUAAUGCUUUGUACUGAAUAUUUGAUUUAAGUUUCUAGUUUUUUUCUUGUGAUUUUUCAAGUGUUUUGAAACGUGAUUUUCUGAAAUGUCAAUAUUCUAUGCAUGAACUUUUGGAUUGUAUUACUCAAAAUAACGUUCUAUUGCACAGGUGAUUAGAUAUAUGUAAAACAGUUUUUUAAGUUUCAAAACUUAAAAAUUUUUUUAAGCAAAUAAUUUAAGUGUGCGGAUAAGGAAAUACCGCUUAAGUCUUUUAGCACUGAUUUUUAUAUGAAAGAACGAUACAGUAAUUCAAAAUUCAAAGAAUCUCGAGUUUCUUAUAUUUUGAAGGAAAGCUUAUUUGGUCUUCAUUUUGAAAGGGUUUUCAAUUAUCUAUAUUUGAUUUUAUAUUGACAUUUUAGUACUUUAGAAUUCAAACACUAAUCUUCUUUGUAAUUAUUGUAUUAGCUCCAGAAUUUUUAGAAUUUUUAGGAAUUCUUUGACUGAAGUUAUUCAACUGGUAACAUUAGGAACAUGUUGUUUAUACACGCAUUUUUAAUAUGUUUCAUAUAUUUUUUGUUUCUUUUACGCUUCACCUGCUCAUUUUUGUACCUGAAUUUAUCAAAUUUUAUACUAGAAUGAUAAUAGAAUUCUGUAUUAAAUGUUCUUACUCUUCUGACGGAUGUUCCUAAAGUUCAUGUAACCAUUAUAUUAAAAAAUGUCCAUUGUUUUAUUAUUACAUUCUCAUGAUUUAUGAUUGAGAAAGUAUUAGAAUUGUCGGAAAUUUGACAUCACACUUUUUCAACGG